AAAAUCAGUUUUACUUUGACCACUUUCGAGAGCACAACAUGCAGCUGGAUCCAAGGAUUCUGCUGCUGCUUCUGCCACUUGUAGGCAUCUGCCACGCCCAACCCACCAACAGCUUCCACGACUGGGAUGUCUUCACUCCUCAACCUCUGCGACCUGCGCCUUGGCAGGAGGAACCCACAACUCAGCCACCAUCAAGUGGUGGAGUGCAGAUUCCCGGUGUGGGAGAGGUGAAUGGAUUGCGUGGCUUUAAAACAAUCAAGAACCGACCCAUCGAUGCCUUUUUGGGUGUGCGUUAUGCCAAAGUGGGCACUCGUCUGGAACGCUUCCAGGAAGCGAAACGUUUGCCGUAUCAGGGUCGCAUCGAUGCCACGCGUUCGUCACCGAAUUGCGCCCAAUUCCCGGAGGUUCAGCGCCUGCAGGAGGCCGAGGCACGUGGCGAGAAUGUCGAUGAUUGCCUCACGUUGAACAUCUAUGCUCCGGCCGGAGCCAAGCAGCUGCCUGUGCUCGUCUUUGUCCACGGUGAAAUGUUGUUCGAUGGCGGUGCCGAAGAGGCACAGCCUGACUAUGUCCUGGAGCACGAUGUCGUCCUGGUAUCGGUCAACUAUCGUCUGGCGCCAUUUGGAUUCCUUAGCGCACUGGAGAAAGCGUUGCCAGGCAACGUUGCGCUUUCCGAUCUGCAGUUGGCCUUGGAGUGGGUUAAAGCUAACAUUCGUUACUUCGGCGGUGAUGCGGAGAAGGUCACUUUGAUUGGACAGGCUGGUGGUGCGACCUUGGCGCAUGCACUCAGCAUCAGUCCACGUACACAAGAUCUUUUCCAGCAGCUGAUUCUGCAGUCGGGAACCGCGCUGAAUCCUUAUCUGUUGGAUGAGCAGCCCUUGGAAACUUUGACCACGUUCGCUCGUCUUGCCAACUGUCCUCCAGUCAAUGGCCGCAAUCUAGGUUCUGUGUACUUGUGUCUAAGUAAUCUGCGCACCUCGCAGCUGGUGAGCGCCUUCCAGCAGCUGCAUGAACAGAACGAGCCACGUGGCCUCAGCUCGUUGGGUGGCUUCAAGCUGGUCGUUGGCGAUUCCCUUGGUUUCCUGCCCGAACAUCCUGCUGCGCUGAUUGCCAACAGCAACAAGCUGAACAAGACGAAGCCCCUGAUUGUGGGUGCUGCCAAGGAUGCCAGCGCCUUCAUACUCUCACGUUUCUACGAUCAGAUUCAAAGCUUGCAGUCGACGAACAUCAGCGACUACAUCAACGUUGUGCUCCGUCACACAGCUCCCCCACAGCAGCACAAGAUCUGGCAUGAUUGGGCGAUCCGUGAAAUCUUCACGCCAGAGCAGACGCGCUACGUCAACGCUCGCAGUGUGUCGCAGGGUUUGCUCGAGCUGACCAAUCUGAUUUUGUAUCGUGGACCGGUGAUUGACUCCAUCAGACUGUCGCACAAAAAGAACCCCACCUAUCUGUACACCUUUGACUACCGCGGCGAACACCAUCGCUUUGGACACCUCGACAAUCCGCUGCCCUUCGGCGUGGAUGCCUCGCUGAGUGACGACUCCGUCUACCUGUUCCCCUAUCCCGAGGAGGUGAGCAACCUGAAUCCCGAGGACAAGUCGCUGGCCCGCGCUUUGGUUGCCAUGUGGGUGAACUUUGCCCAGAGCGGUAUUCCCAAUCCCAAUGCGAACGUUUGGCCCAAGGCUACCUCGGAGUACGGUCCGUUCCUGCGUUUCACCAAUUCGCGGCAAAACAUUUUGGAACAGGAUCAGCACUUUGGCGAGGGCAUCAAUGUGCCCAGUCUAUACCCACAGCUGAGUGCAGUCGCUGCUCCAGCAACAACUACGACAAGGCGUCCGUACUACAGACCACAGCAGCCACCAACCUAUCAACCACAGCCGCCACAGCAGCCAAAUUACGAGCAACAGCAGCCAACUUAUGAGCAACAGCAGCCAACUUAUCAGGAACAGCCACAGCAGCCAACUUACGAGCAGCAACAGCCAACUUAUCAGCAACAGCCACCACAGCAGCCAACUUACCAACCUCAGCAACCAACUUAUCAGCAACAGCCUCAGCAACCAGCCCACCAGCCACAGCAGCCAACUUAUCAACCACAGCAACCAACUUACCAACAACAGCCACCACAGCAGCCAACCUACGAGCAACAGCAACCAACUUAUCAGCAACAGCCUCAGCAACCAGCCCACCAGCCACAGCAACCAAUUUACCAACCAACUUAUCAGCGUCAGCAGCCAACUUAUCAGCCUCUGCAACCAACUUACGAACAACAGCCACAGCAACCACAGCCCGCUGAGCCUCAAGAUCCCACCGCGCCACAACAACCAACCUACUAUACUCCCUACUAUUAUGAUUCCCAAGAACAAAGAAGACAGCAACUGCUGCGUGAAUUGGCACUGAAGCAACGAGAGCAACAGGAGGCUGAACAACAACAACGCGAAGAACUGCAACGUCAAGAGGAGGAGCGUCGACUUGAGCAAAGACAACGCGAAGAGCAAAUCCAACGGGAACAAUUGAAACUAGAGCAAUUGGAGCGUGAGCUACGUCAACGCGAACAGCAAGAGCGCGAUCAAUUGGCAAUACGUCAGCAAGAGGAGCGGGAGCAAACUGAGCAAGACCAAGAGCAGCGAGAGAAUGAGGCAAGACAACAGCAAGAACACGAACAGCGACAACGCGAGCAGCAAGCGCGUGAGCAACAGCAGCGACAAUACCCAGCGCCAAGCGAAACCGAGCAACAGCAGCAAGAGCGACAAUAUCAACGCCACUGGGAGCAAGAGCAGAGGUCUCAAGAAGAACGGGAUCAAGAGGCAAGACAGCAGCAAGAACGCGAGCAGGAAGAACGGGAGCAGCAGCAACGCGAGCAGGUGGCACGAGAGCAACAAGAGCGUGAGUCACAACCUGCUCAGCCCGAAGGUCCUAAUCUUGAUGAUUUCCCCUCGUAUGAGGACUAUGUUAAAGCUUACGAACAAUGGAUAGCUGAGCAGAUGAGCCGCUCCGUCCCACAGGCAAAUGUCAGCGCAGAACAGGAUGCUGAAGCAGAAGAAUCCCCAGUAAACAAUCAAUAUGAACCACAAUAUAAAAAUUCCUUAGGUCCGCGUCGUGCUAAGCAAAUGCGCAGAUAUCAUCUUCGUUUGUUUUAAAUAUCCAAUUCAUUUUAAUAUUUCACUAAUAAUGUAAAUUCCAAUAUAUACAAUGUAUAAAAAAUUGGUUAAUAAAUAUAAAUCAGCCUUGCUAAUUUAUCAAAGCAAA